UCAAUAAACUCCACACCAUAAACAGCAGCAUGGACAACAGCUGGUGGGAUGACUUCUCGAACAACCUUGCGACCGAUCUUGCCCCUCUGAUCGCUCUUUUUGGAGAGGCGGCGACGAAGCAAUAUCUUAGCGAAUGCCUGACUGUGGAAGAUAUUGUCAUUUUUGCUGUCGCCCCUUUGGGAGUCAUCACCGCUGUGGUCUCUGCCAUUCGCGUAUGCGGGACUCCGUCACUUCGGGCUUUUGUGGGAAGAGCGCAAGAAGGAGCUGGUACAGCUGAAGCAGAACUAUGCUCUUCUACCAGCCGCGAUGUCUGUGAGCUAUACAGUAACGGAGGCAUCGCUCGCGUAUUCGGACGUCCGAAACUUCUCGAAAUUGUUCAUGAUACUCAGACUAAUCGCGAUGAAUUUUAUCCCUCUGAUGGAAGCGAAGCUACAGCCGGCAUAUACUCGUUUCCAAAGUAUAUCAAAACAAAGCGCGGAAUGAAGGAAUGGACGUUGGAACAAAAGUUCCCGAGCACAAGAAGGAGAUCAGUAGGCUCGAAUGAGAGUGGACUGAUUCAAGUACAAAGAAAAACCGUUUUUGCUCCAAACCCAAAUCUUUCUCUCAAUAUCGGAAUCAAACCCCUCAACAGGCUAUGGUUCCUUGCCGCUGCUACUCUGGGUGUAAUUUUACAACUAUUCAUCUUAGUAUGGGCAACUUUGACUAGGUACUAUUUUCGCUGGCUGAGAAAUGGUCGUGAAGACCAAUACUCCGUUCCUCUGACUGUUAUUGGAACAAUUCUCCUUUGCCUUGGGAUGGCAGAAUGCGCGCAUCUCAUUGAGAGUAAAACGAAGGAACAGAUUUACCAACGAGUUGCACCGGUUGCCGGCGAUGCACCUUCAAACAUGUACUGGGUCCAGCCCGGAAACCAGAGCAUCGGUGAUCAGUUCUUCGACUCUUUUGCAUAUUCCGAUUCUAAGCAGUCGCUACAGAAGUAUAUCACAUCUUGGAAAGACACUACAAAUAGGCCAUCCACCAUGGUAUUAAUCUGGGCUGCGGUAAUAACAACAUGUAUCGGAUUUAUCUGCCAGUUUUUAGGCCUCAGAGCUGCUCAUUCUUCAGUUGCGAUAGCGCAGCUGGGUGUGACAAUUUUUAUGAGCGCUAUUCGAGCGGGGCUUAGAAGUCAGAGAUUAAGAACAGAGGAUAACUUUAUGGCAGAUGUACCCGAAUUUUAUGAGGGACACGAGCUGGAUUAUUUAGCAUUGAAGCUGGGGCAACAGCGGUCAACCCCAUCUUCAACAAAAGUUCAACAGCGCCCUCUCUGGAGGGUAUUCAACUCUAUCUCGAGAAGUUCUAUCCCCCAGACAAUUCAUGCGACUAGCGCGGACAACAGCAGGGGCUCACCUAUUCUGGAGCGACUUUCAGUCAAAUAUGAGCAAUCAACCGUGCUCGCUGGGUUUCGAAUCCAGUCAAUCGAUAAUAGAUUCAUAUCACUAAAGCGCGCUGCAAUGGAUCGUGAGCUUGUUGAAUGGAUGUCGGCGGAAUAUUGCUCAGAGUGCAAAGAUCAAUGCGUCUGUGGAGAAGAUCCAUGCAAAAGGGACCCGAGUGCGACUGUCAAGGCCUUUUUAUACCGAGCCCGUCUCUCCCGCAUGACGGGAAUAGAAGGGCCAAAGUCAACACUAAGCAGCUAUUGGGGAGAAGAAUUUGUAAAUGUACGAAGCAUUUCUCUUGCACUAUCCGACGCUAUUGAAGAAACGAUGCGUAUCCUAUUUUCUUCGGAAGGGAGUUCGCCGGUGGUGUUGCAUAAGCCAUGGGAAGACGCCCUUUCCAUCUUCUGGGCGAUCCAGUGUUCGCUGAUAGAUCCCUCGACGAAGCGCCAUAAAGAGAGUAUUAUACACAUGUCGUUGAGACGGUCAAUCAAUGAAGAUGCUGUCCCUGGGGGUCCGUGGAGGGUUAACAGGUCUGAGAUAGAGGCUGUACUUGGUCUCUGGCUGUGGUCGCUGAAAGAGACGCGAAAGAGGAAUGAUGUGUUGGAGGAUGUAGAUGAGGAGAAAACACUUCAGCGCAUCAACAGAAUUCUCUUCAUCAAGGAAAAUGACACUGUUAUGUCUGAUGAAACAGCCGAGUUAAAUGACUGGCGAGAAAGUGGUAGUGUCGAGAUACGACAGGCGCGGUUGAAAGUGCAGCAUCCUGGAAUUGUUGAUAUAUCCAAAUCCAACAACGAGCUCAAAUUCAAUAAUAUCAGAUAUCCUCUACGAGAUACCAUGAAACGCCCAGACGUACAAAACGCACUGUGGUGGAGAGGAGGAGAGAGUACGUGGCAGGAGGCGUAUGUUACAGGUGAAUGGGGCCCACCACUUUAUUCCCACUUGCGACGUCGAUUCUUUGGGUGGUAUUGGUUGGAGCAAAGUCCGCCAUAUAACGAGCUCCAGAUUCUUUAUACAGACUCGCCCAACUCGUUACUGGGUAACUGUGCCCUGGAAAUGUAUUCAUCAUUCUUCUCGGCAGUCAUGCACGCUGUGAAAGAUAUUGGAGGAGACACACAUCUCGAGGAACACAAAGACAAGCUCACCGUCCGCAACCAAACUAUACAAAGCAUCCAAGCCACUCUCAUUCGAAAUGGCCUGUGCAAUGCAGGAGAUGCCUUUGCCUGUAUCAUUCCAAUCCUAAAAUGCCAGGAUAAAUUGCCAGUCCCUAAUGAGAUUGUGUCUGGAGCUAGUGAGAUAGCGUACAAGCAUUUUCAGCAGGGGAAUUGGAGGCUAUUUCGGGAGCUUAUGGCCUGGGUGUUGCGCCGUUCAAAAAUGAGUCUAGUUGCAGCAUACAAUCAACAAGACCCGACCAAGAGAUUGAAUGCAAUCAAUGACUUUAGACUGUCUUUUAUCGAAACUUGUGAAGCGUACCGUCAAAUACUUUUACGAGAUUAUGAAACAUCAACGAUUGGUGACGUACAAGGAAUUCUUCAGUUAGUAGAAAGAUACUCUGAAGACGAGACCAUCAAGAAUAUUCCGCUGGUCUGGCAUGACGUUGGCAAUGUACCAGAUACCCAAGCUCGAACCGGCCAAUCACUCAGCCUGGCUGACACGCUCAUCUGCUAUGGAGAAGCUGCUUUGUGGAGCAUCCGCCGCAAACAGUCACUACCCGACUUAGAAGAACGUUAUCUGGAGCAGUUGAAGAAAUAUACAAGCUCAAAAGAAGUUGCUAGCAGUCCCGAACAGGCCCUCGAGAGAUCGGAUUUGAGCUCUUUACUUUACUUUUUGCAAUCAUCAACUUUGCAAGGGUCAAUACAAUUGACUGACCAUUUCCUUUUCAAGACCAUGAUUGCUACAUCUGAAAAGGGAUGGUUUAUGGUAACCAACAGCCUGGUGGAGCAUGGAGCUUCAAUUGAUCAAGAAGAUGACAACGGGCGAACAGCAUUGUCCUAUGCGGCAGAACUUGGUGACAUCAAUACAGCAAGCACAUUGAUGGACUUGGGGGCUUCUCUGUGCAACAGAAACAAUGAUGACCGAAACCGGAAACUAGCCAUUCAUUUCGCCGCAAAACAAGGACAUGCAACGAUAAUUAGACACAUGUUGAAAAGUUUCAGUGGGUCUUCUGGCUUGGACUAUGAAGACGAGGAGGGAAUGACGCCUUUGAGCUGGGCAAUCACUUCAGGGAAUGCUGCCACGGUCUUGGAGUUGACGAGAGAGGGCAGUUCUAUAUCUCCCAAUGCUUACGAUACAAAAAAACCGGCUCUGCAUUUGGCCAUUCAAGAGGACAAAGAAGAGAUUGUGGAUGUGUUGUUAAAGAGUGAGAAAGUGGAUCCAAAUCAUCUUUACGGAGAAACAAUUGACUCUCCGCCUCUUAUACACGCGAUUAGACUGAGAAAGGAGGGUAUCUUCGACAAGCUCUUGAAUUUCGCAAAAGUCAGGGCAGAUUAUACGGAUACGUCGGACAGGACGGCCAUCUGGUGGGCAGCAGCCUUGGGCCUUGAUACCUACGUCCAAAAGCUCCUGGAUUCUGGGAAAUUGUACCACCCUCACGGAGCGGAUAAAAAUGGACAUACGCCACUUUCCAUUGCGGCCGAGGGAGGUCGUAUCGCAAUUGUUCGCCAGCUACUGAGAAUUGAAGGAGCCGACUUCGCCAUCAAGCCGAUUAUUAUCGCUGCCAUGAAAGGGCAUAUAGCCGUAGUUGAAGAGCUUUUGGCGUCUAAUUUCCAUCGUGAAGAUAGCAAGUCCCUAUUGGAGGCCAAUAAACUUGGACAUGUAUGGAUACAGAUUCAACAGAGUAAACUUUGGGAAGAUGUAGACGGGGAAAGAUUGAGGAUUCCAUCGGGAUUUGAGCUGAAAGACUUGAAAGAUUCUGAGUUGACAUUCGCUGAGGACUUGUACAACCAACCUUAUGAGAAACUUGUAUAA